AUGAGUGAUUUGAUUACUGAACGUUGUACUACACUUGAAACAUGGAAACAAAAUAGUGAAUAUUAUAAACAAGAUGAUGAUAUUUUAAAUGAUUUGCAUACUGAAUUACUUCGUCUUAAAUCAUCAAAUAUUGUCAUUUUUCGUCAAGAAUUAAAUAAAGUAGUUACAUUAUUAUGUACUAAUGUUAUUUAUCUCAAUGAAACAAUACUAACAUUUCUUCGUGAUUAUUUUAUUGAAUUAUUUCAACAAUGGCGUGAAUUAACUUAUUUUAAUGAUUCAAAUGAUUCUAAUAUAUUUGAAAAUUUAUCAAUAAUAUUUACAAAUCUGUGUUAUUCUAAUCAAUUAGAGAAAACAUCUUUAAUUGAAGAGUUUUGUGAAUGUCUAAAUACAAUUGCUCGUAUGGGACAACCUAUGUUUACAAAUUCACAUAUUCCUGUUAUCAAUCGGCUACUUAACAGUUAUCUCAAUAUUGAAAGUCAUAAUAAAAGUCAACUUAUCGAAAACUCAUCAUUUAGAGUUGUUAUAAUAAAAUGUCUUUGUGUUCCUUAUACAGUUGAAAUCUUUAAUCAAUUAAAAAGAUCCGCAAAAUCUGAAGAACGUUCUCUACCUGAAACAUUUGUCUUCUCGGUAUUAUUAUAUUACGUUUCAUUUUUGAGUACAAACCAACUUGAACAAAAUGCACCUGAUUUACGUAAACAUUUACUUCCAUCAAUAUAUGAUUUACUUAAUGAUUAUGCAGUAUCACUUACAGAUUGGUCUAAUUCAGCUGUUAAUAUCCUUACAGAUGUAACUACUACAUUUCUUUAUCGCGUAGACAUGACUAUGCCGCACGAUGAAGAUUUUGAAGUACAAGUUUCUAUAAUCAACAUUGCUAUUCAAAUCGUAUUAGGACAAUGUCGAUCAGCAAAACUUCAUAAAAACUGUAUUCAGUAUGUUUAUGCAGGAACAUUGUCGGAUAACACAUUGGAUUAUUUAAAAAGUCAAAAAUUAACACAAACAAUGUUGAAAUUAUGUACUAUGUAUAAAGGUGAAGCAGAAAUUCAAUUUAAUAUCUAUCGAAUAUUGGCAGCAAUAAUGACAGAAGAUGAUAUUAAACGACUUGAUGAUCCAGGAGCUAUAGCUAAAGUAUUUCUUGAUCAUUUAAGAGAAGUAAUGAAUUGGGUAGGAUGGGAAGCACGAUUGAAAAACUUAUUAUCGAGUUUAAAAAUCUUAUUACAACAUGAUCAAAUUCGUGAUGAAGUAUACAAACAAGAUGGCAUACCACUUUUUAUUGAAUGUGCGACUAAGACUAAAUUUGAAGCACUUAUUCAACAACGAGCACUUGAAAAUCUGUUAAUAAUGUCAUUUGAUAAAAAUGUUUGUAAAAAUUUAAAAGAAAAUACUACUUUUAUUGAAUAUAUUACAACAGUAUCUAAAAAUCCUACACAAUCUGAUUUACAACGAGCAGCUGAAAGUUUAUUAUGGAUAUUAACCAAAGAUGAAACAUCAGAAGUCUCACAAACGAAUCAAUCUUCAGAAACAACAUAUGAUAUUAUGAUUAGUUAUUCACAUAAAGAUAAAGAUCUAUGCUUUCAACUUUAUGAUCGUUUACAAAAAGAUAAUUUUCGUGUAUGGUUAGAUCGUGAACAAAUGCAUGGAACACCUUUAGAAGCGAUGUCUAAUGCAAUUGAAAACUCUGAAUUUGUAUUUAUUUGUAUGUCUGAUGGAUAUAAACAAAGUGGAUAUUGUAAAAUGGAAGCAUAUUAUGCAUUAGAACGACAACGUUGUAUAAUUCCAUUAGUUAUGAAAUCCCAAUAUCGACCUGAUGGAUGGCUUGGUAUUGUUGUUACAGGUAGAAUGCGUAUUGAUUUUCCGAAAUAUGGUUUUGAUGAUGCUUAUGAUAAAUUAAUGAUUGAAAUUGAUCGAAAUCGUAAAGAAAAAAAGAUAGACAUGAAUCAAAAUUCUGCACGUCAUCAUGAAAUGCCGUCUGUUAGUAAACCAUUACAUAAUACACAGAUUGUAGAAGAUAAAAAAGUAUUAAAAGCGACGUAUCAAGCAAAAAGUGAUCAUCGUUUACCUUCAAAUAUUGAACAAUGGACAGUUGAUGACGUGCAACAGUUUUUUAUUAAACAACAACUUGAAAAUUUUUUACCUAUCUGUUCACAAAUGAAAGGUACACGUCUUCUUGCAUUAUACAAAAUGUGUAUGACAAAUUCACCAACAAUGUUACAAUCUCUUAAUAAUGAAUUGACUACGAUGGAAAAGCAUGGGGAAAGAAAUGUUAUAGGAAUUGCAGAAUAUUUACAAUUUUUAGAAGAUAUUAAACCUUUCGUGCCCAUUUCAAACGAAAAAUCUGAUGUAACUGUGCCUCGAUCAUCUUUAUGUACACUUUUGUAA